AUGCCAUUUAUUGCUCUGGCAAUAGGAGUGGAUGAUGUUUACGUAAUGCUCGGUGCUUGGCAAGAUACUCGGCGAACGCUUGCCCCUGAAAAGAGAAUGGCCCUGGCAUUGGAGGAAGCUGGAAGUGCUAUUUCUGUAACAUCAAUCACGUCAAUUCUAUCAUUCGGUAUUGGCUCCUUCUCCUCGACACCUGCUAUUUCCAUCUUUUGCAAGUUCAUUAUGGUUGCAGUGGCUUUUGAUUGGUUUUAUCAGGUACUACUAUUGCUUGUUUGCUUUCCUUUUUCGUGCGAUUCCUUCGAGUAA